UCUUACGCUCCCACGGGCUCUGUUGGGUUGUUCCCCAAGGGAAUAAGCUGUUACGGAGCACUGAGUUUCAACGCACUUAUUUCACCAUGACACCAGAGCAAGAAAAGAAAGAGUCAACAGACAAGCCUCCCACAAUGAUCGACACGACUCGCAGUAGCACCAACCUGCGAGGAUUGUUUGCUCCCAUGGAACUGACCUUCCAAGGCGAGACGGAGGAAAAAAUCCCCAUCCCUGACACCCACUCGACUCGGUUUAACUUUCGAAAGCUCUGGGCCUUCACAGGGCCUGGGUUUCUGAUGAGUAUUGCUUACCUGGACCCAGGAAACAUUGAAUCUGACCUUCAGUCUGGAGCUGUGGCAGGGUUUAAGAUUCUCUGGGUCUUGCUGUUGGCCACCAUCAUCGGCCUCAUGUUACAGAGGCUCUCGGCUCGCUUAGGGGUUGUAAGUGGCAUGCAGUUGGCUGAGGUCUGUCGCAGGAAGUAUCCAAAGGUCCCCCGGAUUGUGCUCUGGCUGAUGGUGGAACUGGCGAUCAUCGGCUCAGACAUGCAGGAAGUGAUCGGAUCGGCCAUCGCUCUGAACCUGCUCUCUGUCGGAAGGAUUCCCCUGUGGGGCGGAGUAAUUAUAACGAUUGCAGACACGUUUUUCUUCCUCUUCUUGGAUAAAUAUGGUCUGAGAAAACUGGAAGCUCUCUUUGGGUUCCUAAUUACAGUAAUGGCCAUCACGUUUGGCUAUGAGUAUGUGACGGUGAAGCCAGACCAGCGACAGUUGCUGAAGGGGAUGUUUGUGCCCGGCUGUGACAACUGUGGAAGCCAACAGCUGCAGCAGGCGGUUGGCAUCGUUGGCGCUGUGAUCAUGCCCCACAACAUCUACCUGUACUCGGCCCUGGUCAGGUCCAGGGAUGUGAAUCGAGCCAAUAAGAAGGAAGUGAAUGAGGCAAAUCGUUACUUCUUCAUCGAAGCCUGCCUGGCUUUGUUUGUGUCUUUCCUCAUUAACGUCUUUGUGGUCUCGGUGUUUGCGGAAGCCUUUUAUAAUCAGACCAACGCGCAAGUGCAUGAGGUGUGUUCAAACAGCAGUAGUCCACAUUCUGAUCUCUUCCCAGUCAAUAACGAGACUCUUGAUGUCGAUAUUUACAAAGGGGGUGUGGUGUUGGGCUGCUAUUUUGGAGCUCCUGCCCUCUACAUCUGGGCCAUUGGUAUCCUGGCUGCAGGUCAGAGUUCAACCAUGUCAGGGACAUACACUGGACAGUUUGUCAUGGAGGGUUUCUUGAACCUCAAGUGGUCUCGCUUUGCCCGUGUCGUCUUCACCCGGACAAUCGCAAUCACUCCCACCUUGUUGGUCGCUGUUUUCCAGAAUGUGAACACAUUGACAGGAAUGAAUGAUUUGCUCAAUGUUCUGAUGAGCCUGCAGCUGCCGUUUGCAUUGAUCCCAGUGUUGACAUUUACCAGUAUGAACUCGGUAAUGCACGACUUUGUCAACGGUCUCGUGUGGAAGAUUAUAGGCGGAGUUAUCAUUCUGAUCAUCUGCUGCAUUAACAUAUAUUUUGUGAUCGAUUAUGUUUCAAAUCUGAACAUCGUGGCAUUCUACAUUGUAGCAGCUGUCGUGGCAAUUGCCUAUUUAUCUUUUGUGUCUUACUUGGUGUGGUUUUGUUUGGUUACCAUGGGUGUCCCGUUCUUGGACUGCGGUCAUGACAACAAUGAGAACAGGGUGAUGAUUGCGGAAGAUCAGAGUCAGGUAUUUCAGCAAAUGGAGCCAAUCCAUUCAGCAGAUGUGGACACCAUCCACUGAGGAGACUCCGUCAGGGAGUACUGAUAACUGACAUGACUUUCCCUAGAUUGGACUGAGUUGGAGCAUUUCUGUAAAUGAUUGUCAUAAAUCAGUUUGGUUACUUGAUUCAGCAGAUCAUGAUUUUAAAAAUUGUUUCUAAUUGUCGGCAAAGUCUGAUACUACAUAUUUCUUUUUGGGAUCUAUCAGACCACAGGAACACACAACAAAAUCACAGGGGCCAGCAUGUCACUCAUCCCCAAUGGUUGUGGAAAUUUCCAGUCGGGGGUGAAAUCCUAAUGUCCAGUGACAUCAAGGGACGCUGCUGCAGACGUGACCUUCCUGGGCUAAGUCGUGACCCAGUUAGUGGACCAUCUCUUGACGGGCACCAGUGGGCCACCCUAUGGGAGGAUGGGUUUAGGAAACAGGGGGCAAUUUUAACACCAAAGAACAGGUGAUUAAAGUAUUUUACUAUUUAUUGGAUUCUCACCCUUGCAAAUAAGGCUGAAGGUGACAUGUUGGGGUCUGGAGGCCUCUUGGGUCCACUAUCCAUGGUGGAUAGUUGCACUACUUGGCUUCAAAGAGCUACCGGAUGCUCAAGAUAUGUUCGAAGACAAUAAGAAUGUGAUCUGCUCACUUUAGACCCUGCACCCUGCGGGAUAAGGGUGGGAUAAGGGUCAUAAACUGCAUAACUUCCCAAUGUAGUCUAGAAUAAUUUUAUAUUCCCGUCCCUUCAAGGAAAUCCUAAUCUGAUCGGAAACCCUCAAUGACUCAGGUAAAUACUGCUCCAGCUUUUAGCAGGAGGAAAAGCAAUUGGAGCAGCAGAGCUGAGGUAGAGAGGUGGGAGAGGCACAGGGAAGAGGUGAGACAGGCAGUGGAGGGGGAGGGAUAGAUUGUGGAAGAGUGGAGGGGAAAGGAUGGAAGAUGGACAGGAGGGAGACAGAGGCUGAAGGGUGAGAUGGGGUACAGGAUGGGAGAGCUGAGGAGGGAAGAGGCACAGGGUGCAGAUAGGGAGAUGGGUAGAGGUAAAUUAUAAGAUAAGUAAGGCAUCUUUAUUAGUCACAUGUACAUCGAAACACACAGUGAAAUGUAUCUUUUGCGUCGAGUGUUCUGGGGGCAGCCCGCAAGUGUCGCCAACAUAGCGUGCCCACAACUUCCUAACCCGUAGGUCUUUGGAAUGUGGGAGGAAACCGGAGCACCCGGAGGAAACCCACGCAGACACGGGGAGAACGUACAAACUCCUUACAGACAGCGGCCGGAAUUGAAGCUGGGUCGCUGGCGCUGUAAUAGCGUUACACUAACCACUACACUACCGUGCCUGCCCAACCUCCCCAACAGUGACCUCAAUGACCUCCAGAGGCACUGCUCUUCACACCAACCAUCUUGGUGGCCUGUCUUAGAUUUCCAACCAUGGUCAAAUUUUGGAUUUGUAUAUAAAUGAAAUUAUGAUCACAUAAUUUGACUGAUGUUAGUACCAGGUCAGUUUACUUCUUCACCAAUUGGGCUGUCUGCAUCUAUCAGUGGAACCUGCAAGUACUAGGUACCAAGUGUGUCUCUUCUCUUGGACUGGCAGCAGCACCAGCCCACUGCCAUUACAAUACCAGGUACAAUUGUCCAACGUAGAGAGAAGUGCCCAGGGCUGCCUUCCGAUGUGGUUGUUGUCCUGAGCUGGGCAGUGCUUAAGCUUUGUCUCUUGAACCCAUCCUCACUGCCCUGUGUAACCCAAGGAUUGCACUGAUGAUGACUCUAUUGGGGAUGUGAAAGCCCUGUUGACCCUGAGCUUGUUCCUCUUACAUAGCUCCCAAACUCACCCUUGGCUGCAGUCUUCCAGUAGUUGGUGUAAGGUUUCACUCUGUACAAUGAAUAACACAUCAAGAAAAAGGAAGGUUGUACUCGUGAGCUUUCUCAUAGAAUAAUUCUGUUCAUAUUUGAAUUUGUAUUUUGAA